AUGGACCCCUCCAGAACAUUUCAGGAUGAUCCGCCUUUGCCUUUGCGCCUUAUUGAUCCCAACUCAAACAAGCAUGUGAUGGAACAAACUUGCGAUUUAACUGAUUCUUUGGAUCGUUUAUCACUAGGAAAUGAUUCUGCGACUGCGACACCGUUGCCUCCAUCUCCAUCUCUCUUAUCUCCAAACAACGUCGCGUCACGUCCUGUGCCUGUGAAGCAACCUACCCCAAGACGUACCCCCAGCUCCAGCUCUUUGCGCGACGAACGUCGCAAAUCAACCCCUGUACUUCAAAAACGCCAGUCGACUGCUUCACUUCGUUCGGCCACUGGUAACACUGGUUCCUCUUCCCCACUCGACUCAUCGCGUCGUUCCUCUGCCAAUUUCGCGGGGUCCCCGACCUCCACCGCGUCUCCCGCAAUGUUGCCACCCCGGCUCGCGUUUGCCCCUCCGGAGCCCCAGGGCCCCACGGCAGCUUCGAUCGCAGCAGAACACUUUCAGAAAGAGGUCAACCUCCAUCAAUCAGUUGAUCUAGGUUCCAAAACUGUGGUUGUUGUUCAUGAUGCUUGUUAUGGUCAUCGCUUCUCGCGCCCUCGUACUACCAAGGCACAGCUUAGUACUAUUGUGGAGAGACCGGAGCGCAUUCGCGCCUGUGUAGUUGGAGUUGCUGCCGCUUAUGUUUUGCUUGGUCGUCGAUAUGCAGGAGAACCAUUUGCGCCUCAUCCUCACCUCGAUCUACACAAUUUACCCCCACCACCAUUCCAGAUUCGCAAGUCCUCCCGUUCUCUGCCACUCACUGAUGAAGCUGUGACCAGCGUCCAUGGCACAAAAUGGAUGACUGAACUCAAGGGAAUGUGUGACCUUGCAGAGUCACGUCUUGCUCUGACUGGUAAAGAACUGGUCCGGAACCGUACUCAGGAUAAUGAUGGUCUAGCUUCCAGUGGACCAGAACUCCACUCGGGCGAUCUCUACCUGUGCUCGGAAUCGCAGAAUGCCUUCCAGGGUGCUCUGGGUGCUGUCUGCGAUGGAAUUGAUCUUGUGUUUGGGCAAGGGCCAACUACUCGUGCGUUUGUUUGCAUUCGCCCUCCUGGACACCAUUGCUCUGCGGAUUUUCCAUCUGGAUUUUGCUGGAUCAACAACGUCCAUGUCGGGAUUUCGUACGCAGCUGCCCAGUAUGGCUUGACCCAUGCUGCCAUCCUCGAUUUCGAUUUACACCAUGGUGAUGGCUCGCAGGACAUUGCAUGGGACCACAACCAAAAGGCAUGGACUGCUUCGCGUAAAUCCUCGGCCUAUGAGAAGACUCCGAUCGGAUACUACAGUCUCCACGAUAUCAAUUCCUACCCCUGUGAGGAUGGUAACCCAGAGAAAGUCCGUAAUGCUAGUGUCUGUAUGGAUGGUGCACAUGGACAGUCUAUCUGGAACGUCCAUCUUGACACCUGGGAAACUGAAAAUGACUUCUGGAAAAUCUAUCGAAACAAAUACAUGAUUUUGAUCAGCAAAGCUCGCGCCUUUCUUAAGAAGCAAACUAAGCAACUCGCUCAAAACCCAAAUGGCCCGCCUCCAAAGGCGGCUAUCUUCAUCUCUGCCGGCUUCGAUGCCAGUGAAUGGGAAGGUACCGGUAUGCAGCGACACAGGGUCAAUGUGCCAACCGAGUUUUAUGCCAGAUUUACCGAGGAUGUUGUGCGAAUUUCCCAAGAGGAAGGCCUUGGUGUCGAUGGACGUGUUAUUAGUGUGCUCGAGGGCGGCUAUAGUGACCGUGCUCUAACCAGUGGUGUCAUAAGUCACUUGGCUGGAUUGGGAACUACAUCCGCGAACGCCCAACCACGACGACCGAGUAUUCCCGGCAUCUCGCCCAAGGAUACCUUGAAGCCACUGCUCUGCCAGCCGGAGUAUGAUGUUGCAUGGUGGUCUCCGCAUCAUCUCGAUGAGCUAGAGGCACUGGUCACUGCGCCGACCAAACGUGAUAAGUCUGCGCCAACCUUCUUGAAUUCUACUCGUUCAUUCUCAGCCAAAGUCGUCACUCCUACCCGUGAUCGUCGGAGUAUUGGAUCAUAUCCCGGUCUUGAUCCUAGUCUCCCACCUCUGCCCGACGUGGGCUGGGCUACGGCUGCCCAUGAACUGUCUAAGAUUCUUAUCCCGGACUCACGACAGACCAUGAGUUGCAGGCCCGAGGAUCUCAAUGCUGCAGCCUCUCGUCAAAGAUUGGAACGGCAGGUAGCGCUUGACGGAGGCGUGAUGAAUCCAGCAAUCAUUCCUCCUCCGCCCCCAGCUCCCGUCGACGACAAGCGACAGCUUCGUGUGCGGAAGGCCAAAUCUCCAACCCCUUACUCACCUCGACCUGCGACUCCUCGACAGCAGGCAAUGCGCAAAAAUCGGCGCAAAACUAUUGAUGGGAAUGAACUUCCAGAUGGUUCAAGCGAGUCCUCCCCCUCUGUGGAUGCAGGUCGACGAAAGAGUGCAACGGGAGUAUCCCCUGUUGCUAUUGACCUCAAUGCUUCGAAUGAGGAACAGAAAACUUCUCGGAGAACCGCUUCAGCGGGAUCGCAACCCACACAAUCCAGCAGUGCAAAGAAGGCCAGUACAUCACGUCCAGCAACUCCGAAACGAUCUGCUAGCCCGCGCAAGCCCCCGCCUGUUCCGAAGGUCCCUUCUCCAUUUCUGUCAAGAACGAAAUCUUCUGAUGGAGUAAUUCAGCCUCAAGACGACGUAGAGAAUCUAUCAUCUGGCCUUCGCAAGAUUAAACUGAGAAUGCCCUCGCCAGAGGAGCAGGCUGCCCGAGAGAAGAAGGCUGCUGAGGAGCGAAAGCAGACCCUGAAAGUGACCAAGGCUCCCAAAUCUCCAAAGUCUGCCAAGAAGACAACUGGCGUUAGAUCUGCGCGCGGGAAAGCAGCAGCCCGAUCUGGAACAACACCUGCUGGCUCUCCACCUGUCCCUACUGCCGAGUGGAAACUAGGUGGUGACGGCGCACCAAGCCACAUGCUGAACAACCAGGGCAAUUUCGGGUUUGGCUUUGGUAUCUCCUCUGAUGCCAUGCUCUCUAACACAGCCUCUGGAUCAGGAUCUAUUGACCCGAUGGACACUGCUUUUAAGCCUUCCGAAUCGACUACUCCGGUGAUUUCUCCCUCUAUCGGCACAAUGCCAGUCUUUUUCGCAGGCAACUCUCCUCCUCACACCCCCGAUCAUUACAAUCAAAACAUGAAUGUACAUCGUACUCAGUCCAAUGUUUUCUCUCCCCCUACUUCCGAGACUCAAACUAAGACAGGACUGCCUGUCUUCACUUCCAACGCUGCCAUUCCUUUUGCCACGGGCGUUCAGACAGAGAACAAGCCCUUGAAUCCUACUACUAACCCCCAGGAUCACCCUUAA